AUGUCGGAUCCCUGCACCCCACAUCACGACUAUUUUAAUGCUCUCCUGACAUUCGGCCUUUGUUGUGGCCUGAUCAUCUCCUACCUCCCCCAACAUUUCCGCAUUAUCCAUGCCAAGUCCUCAGAGGGUUUCAGUCCCGUCUUUCUAUUACUCGGGACGACGUCAGCGGCAUCCGCAAUGUUUAAUAUGAUCACGCUACAGACUCCUAUUGUGAAAUGCUGUCGUGUUGUGAGCUUCGGAAGUUGCAUGGAAAUGACGGCAGGUGUCAUCCAGGUCGGGCUCCAGUGGAUCUGCUUUACGUUUGUUUUUGUGCUGUACAUGAUAUAUUACCCGGAACAUCUCAAGUACCUUGACUCGAGCUCUGAAGAGAACGAAGCUCUUCUCCGACCGAGCCAGACGAAGGACCGAGUGAAGAGCGCGGAAUGGCGUCUCUCGAUUGUGGUGGCAUGGAUUGCUGCUAUUCACUUCACCUUCCUCGCCUUCACGACAAUCUACCUCCUCUGUGCAACGCCUCAGUCGCCCUCCGACACUAUUGCUCUUACGAUCUCAGCUUGGGCAACUUUCCUGGGCGUGAGCUCGGCGAUGCUCGCUACCGUGCAGUAUGCCCCACAGCUCCUGCACACAUAUCGCGCGAAACUCGUUGGCGCCCUCAGCAUCCCAAUGAUGAUGAUCCAGACGCCAGGUGGAGUGCUGAUGGUGACGAGUAUUGCCUUGAGGCCGGGCACGAACUGGACAAGCUGGAUAACGUUCGCUGUUGCUGCUGUCCUGCAAGGCUGCCUGCUCUUCAUGUGCAUCACAUGGAAAAUCCGACAGCGGAAGUUACACAUCGAUGACUUUGGCAACCCUCUCUCGACAGAGCCGACGACCCCGAUUGUGGUGCAGAGCUCGCUGGCGGCGACGCUCGAGGAGACUGGAUUUGGAGAAUCGCCCGCGGAGGCGGCUAAUGGCCAGACGCAGGCGGUUGAGCAGACGCCAUUGCUUAAGAGAACGACGAGCCGGUCGGGCAAGAAGAGCGGGGAAACACAGGCAUGGUCGGCCUGGUUUGGACGGUGA